AUGAAGCUCCCCGCCGCCAACCACCACCACCACCUCACCACCCCCUUCCUCCACUAUGCCACUCUCUCCGUUCCCCGCUCGGCUCGCGUCUCCAACGCCCCAUUCUCCGUCCGGAUGUCCCUUAGGGAGGACGGCCCCUCCGUCGCCGUCGUCGGCGUCACAGGAGCUGUUGGCCAGGAGUUCCUCUCCGUCCUCUCCGACCGUGAUUUUCCCUACCGAUCUCUCAAGCUGCUCGCCUCCAAACGCUCGGCCGGGAAAAAUGUCACGUACGAAAAUCGAGAAUACACCGUGGAGGAAUUGACGGAGAACAGCUUCAGUGACGUAGACAUCGCCCUUUUUAGCGCCGGCGGGAGUAUAAGCAAGAAGUUUGGGCCUCUAGCCGUCGACCAGGGAGCCAUCGUCGUGGAUAAUAGCUCUGCAUUCAGGAUGGACCAAGGGGUCCCCCUCGUGAUACCGGAAGUGAAUCCUGAGGCCAUGGAGGGUAUUAAGCUCAGGAAUGGGAAAGGUGCUCUCGUUGCAAAUCCCAACUGCUCGACUAUUAUAUGCCUCAUGGCUGCCACCCCUUUGCACCGUCGUGCCAGAGUAUCUCGGAUGGUGGUUAGUACAUACCAGGCAGCAAGUGGUGCUGGUGCUGCAGCUAUGGAAGAACUUGAACUGCAGACUCGUGAGGUUCUGGAAGGAAAACCGCCUACAUGUAACAUUUUUAAGCAACAGUACGCGUUUAACUUGUUCUCACAUAAUGCGCCUGUCCUUUCAAAUGGAUACAACGAGGAGGAGAUGAAAUUAGUUAAAGAGACAAGAAAGAUAUGGAAUAAUGAUACUGUCAAGGUAACUGCCACCUGUAUAAGAGUACCUGUCAUGCGUGCUCAUGCCGAGAGUGUCAAUCUUCAAUUCCAGACACCUUUAGAUGAGGACACAGCAAGAGAGAUUCUCAGAAAUGCCCCUGGAGUAGUUGUUAUUGACGAUCGUGAGGCCAACUGCUUCCCUACCCCAUUGGAAGUUUCAAAUAAAGAUGACGUGGCAGUUGGUAGAAUACGUCAAGAUGUUUCCCAGGAAGGGAAUUAUGGUUUGGACAUUUUUGUAUGUGGCGAUCAAAUACGUAAAGGUGCUGCUCUUAACGCCGUCCAGAUAGCUGAGAUGUUGCUCUUGCCGGAUCUGUUUCGAGAGGGGCACUCGGCAGUGGCUGAGGGGCUUAUCUGGCCCUUUGUAGUGGUAUGA